UUUUUGCUUGCUUCUCCUGUACGUGUAAGUGUGAGGUUGUCGACGAUGGCGGGCGGCAAAGCAAAAGGAACGAGCCUCCGGAGCGAGAAGCGGACGACCCGCAUCGACAAGGAUGUGAAGAAGGUGUCUGCCACGAACAAGUUGCUGUCGUACGCGUACGACUUGCUGUGGAGUUAUCGGUACUUUCACGUCAUCGUGGCGAUCUUGUUGGCCGUGGAAGUGGUGCUCGGCGUGCUGAUCAUCCAAAAGAUCCCCUACACGGAAAUCGACUGGAAAGCCUACAUGCAGCAAGUGACUCAGUUCAAGAAUGGCGAGCGCGACUACCUCAACAUCCGCGGCGACACUGGGCCGCUGGUUUACCCUGCCGGGCACGUAUACAUCUACUCCAUCUUGCACUGGGUGACGAACAACGGCCAAGACAUUCGUCUCGCUCAGUACAUCUUUCUCGGAUUCUACUUGAUCACGAUUUCCGCGAUCUUUGCGAUCUUUUACCGCUCGCGCGUGGCGCCGCCGUGGACCGCAAUCUUGGUGUGCACGUCAAAGCGAUUGCAUUCGAUUUACAUGCUGCGCCUCUUCAACGACGGCAUCGCCAUGAUGUUUCUGUUCAUUGCCGUCUACUUGUGCUGCCGCCAGCAGUGGCGUCUCGGCUGCCUCGUGUACAGCUUCGCCGUGUCCAUCAAGAUGAACGUGCUGCUGUUCGCGCCGGCGCUGUUCUUCUUGCUGCUCCAGUCAUCCGGAGUGCUGCGCACGAUCGGGUACUUGUCGAUUUGUGCGUCACUCCAAGUGGCGUUGGCGUUGCCGUUCCUCAAAACGUUUUGGUGGAGCUACCUCACCAAAGCGUUCGAGUUCAGCCGCGUGUUCACGUACACAUGGACUGUGAAUUGGAAGUGCAUCCCCGAACACAUCUUCUUGUCGAAACCGUGGGCGCUGUUCCUCUUGAGUGGGCACAUCGUGGUGUUGAUUGCAUUCUUGCACAAGUACUUCUUCUCGGGGCCACAGGGGUUGAGUGUGUCGGCGCUCGUGUACAAACCCUUCACAUUGCGCGAACGCGUGCCCAUUCGCGUCGAGCGCAUCGUCACGUCGUUGUGUGUCGUCAACUUCGUCGGGAUUUGCUUUGCCCGUACAUUGCACUAUCAGUUUUACGCGUGGUACUUUCCCACGUUGCCGUACCUGCUGUGGAAGACCAACAUGCCGUUGAUCUUCAAAGCCAAAGUGCUCAUCAUUUGCGAGUUUGCGUUCAAUACAUUUCCGGCCACGGACGUGUCGUCCACGGUGCUGCAUCUGAGCCACUUUAUGCUCCUCGCGUCCUUGUUUACGGCCAGUGACGAAAGCAAGUACCAGUCGUACUUGGAUGCCGAAACCCGCCAAGACUUGACGCAUUUCGUCAACGAAGAAUGCUUUGACGCGGCGCGACAGUUUGCCAUGUAUUACGGCAGUGUUACUGAAGAGUUGGCCGAAGGGGCCAAGGUGGUGUCGAUUGAUGAACAAGAGAUUGUGCUGCGCUUGCCAAAGAUGAACUUUACGCUCGCGAUUGGGUUUGGCAGCAGUGCCCCCGUGACCACUGAAGGUUAUGCGCGUCGCGUGCUCAGCGGCAUGUCCAAGGAAGCUGAGGACGGAUUAGCCCGCGGCGUCAACAUGGGGCAGGUCAUGACUCGCGACUACAACGAGUUCAAGAAGAACAACAACGAAGCAGCGGACGACGGCGAGUUGAACGUCCAGUUGCGCCGUCGAAAGUAGUAGCUCGGAAGGAACCAUUCAUUGCCCCUGUGCGUCGUUCGUUGGAAGCGAGGGGGGGGUAGCAUGACAAUCCAUAAUAUAUGCUGUCAUAUGUUGCAACAUA